AUGACGGAAUCGACGCAGGAACGAUCUUCAAAGGAGGAAAAACAAUUGAAAAUCAUUAAUGCAAUUUAUUCGUCUUCAAACCGAGAUCUUCCACCGGAUGUUCAACUGGGUAAAAUGGUUAACAAAAGCAAGGAACGGCGUAAGGCUCGUAAACGCCUGUUAUCCAAUUCGAAGACCAACGAAGAUUUGGAAGUCAUUGAAGUAUCUCUUCAGAAAAAACGCCUUCUCGAAGAUGAACCCCAAAAAGAAAUAAUAAUGAACGACGAGUCAUGCACAAUUCUUCCAACUAGAGAAAUAUUAGGUCAACAAGUUGUUACAGCUGUUAGAAAUAAGAAAUUCGCUAUAAUAGAGGGACCCCUCGGAUGUGGUAAAACAUUUCUUGCCUCCUACGCUGCCAAUUCAUUAAACUUGCCGUUGAAUGUGAUGCAGAUGGGCGACCAGAUUGAUUCGAAAACUUUAUUUGGCUCCUAUUACUGUACUGAAGUCGCCGGACAAUUCCAUUGGAAUGAAUCAACAUUUUCCAAGUGGCUUCGCACUCCUUGCGUGAUUCUACUCGAAGACAUCGAUGCAGCGAAUGCGGAUGUUAUCACGAAGAUUAUUGAAAUUGCGUCGUCUCGUAAAACAGACGCAUCAGAUGAGGAGAAGAAUUGCGUGUUUCACGAGAGCGUUCGAAUAUUGGCAACAAUGUCGGGAAAAGGCAAGAGAAACGCGGUUUUGGACGGUGUGCCGAUUCGAAUAAAAGUUGGGCCGCUUAGCGAUGAAGAAUUGAAACGUCUAGCUUCAAAAGCAUUUCCAAGAAUUUCACAUUUAUCUAGAACACUUAUUUCAAUAUUCCGAACCAUGGAGGCCAUUCCAGGCAAUGGGAAUUCACGACAACUAACAUCAGCAGACUUUCUUCGUGGAUGUUCUCGUCUUUCGAAACUUGCCGAUGUUAGCGCAAAUGUUGAAGCAUUCGCUGAAUUGAUUGAUGUUUGGUGUUUAGCUGAUACGAAGGAUCGAUCCAUGGAAAUGUGCAACAAGGUGGCAGCAAUGUUGAACGUUCAUCCCGACAGAGUUCACACUCAUAUGUCGGUUCGACAGCCUGAUGUGAACUACGAUGAUAAAGUGGUGUCCAUCGGAAGAGCGAUUCUUCCUAGAGAACAAUCGAUGAUCAAAUCAGCUAGACAUCGAUUAGGACAUACUCGUGACGUCGUCCAGCUGAUGGAAAGAAUUGCGGUUUGUGUGUCGAACAACGAACCGCUGCUGUUGGUCGGCGAAACGGGAGUUGGCAAAACGUCUGUCGUCCAGGCUGUCGCGGAUCUAAUCGGAACGACUUUGAAUGUUGUCAACGUCAGCCCAACGUCGGAUUCGGAUGAGCUAAUUCAAGGGUACAAGCCAACAACGAUUGGCCAACUGAUUGAACCGUUCACCAAAUUCUACGUCGACGUCUUCUCGGCGAAUUUCGAUGUCUCGAAAAACCGGAAGUUUUUCGAUAAUCUUGAGAAAUGCCUGUCGUCUGGACGAUUCCGCGACUAUCUCAAUAUUGUCGAAGCAACUGCGAUAAAGGCGUUCGAAAAGAAGAAGAAUGGACAAAUUGACGAGCGAUGGGCUGAGAUUCUCGUGCGAGCAAAACAAAUCAGAGUUGGAUUGGAAAAAGGCGCGGCGCCGUUCGCGCUUCAGAAGGGCGCUGUGCUUGAAGCGGCCGAUAACGGGCAUUGGCUUCUUGUCGAUGAAAUCAAUUUGGCGCCGCCGGAAUGCCUCGAUGCUAUCAUUCACGCCCUCUCGGCUGCGAGCACUCAUCCGAAUUUCCGUCUAUUCGCUUGCAUGAAUCCGGCGACGGAUUCCGGAAAACGACGACUGCCGCCGAGUGUGCGCACGAAAUUCACGGAGUUCUUCGUCUCCGAAACGCACGACCCACACCAAUUGGCGCUCAUCGUGUCGGCCUAUCUGCCAACCAUUCAGCAGAAUCAUGUCGACAAUCUCGUGAAGUUCUACCUACAAGCGAAACAAAUGUAUCCAUCGACGUACAGCCUUCGAACAUUUUGUCGUGCGCUCUUAUUCGUCACCGAUAACAUGUUUGGAAGUGUGGAGCAAUCAAUCUAUGAAGCGGUAUCGAUGGCGUAUCUGACGAAUUUGGAAGACGAUGAGAAAAAUGUGAUGCGCUCAAAAAUCCAGACGAUGUUCAAAUGCUCACACGCGGCGAUGCCGUCGCCGAAAAAUGUCGAGAAUUUCGUCAAAAUCGGCGGCUAUUUGAUCGAGAAAGGCGACGUGCAUCCGGCCGACGACGCGAAAUACGUGAUCACGAAGACGGUGAAAGCGAAUUUGGCCGAAAUUUCGAGGAUCGUCUGCAGCGGACGAUUUCCAAUACUUCUCGAGGGCGAAACGUCGGCGGGAAAAACGUCGAUUGUGUGCUAUCUCGGAAAAAUCACUGGCAAUCGGAUUGUUCGCAUCAAUAAUCACGAGCACACCGAUGUUCAAGAAUAUAUGGGAUCGUAUGUGGCCGAUAAUGGCGGUCGUUUGGUUUUUCGAGAAGGUGCUCUCGUGCAAGCGGUCCGCAAUGGUUCGUGGGUUAUUCUCGACGAGCUCAAUUUGGCACCAACCGAUGUUAUUGAAGCCUUGAAUAGACUUCUCGACGACAAUCGCGAGCUGUUUGUUCCGGAAAUCAAUGAGACAAUCAAAGCGCAUCCACGAUUUCGGCUAUUCGCCACCCAGAAUCCGGCGGGCACGUAUGCUGGACGAAAGAAAUUAUCGCGAGCGCUUAUGUCGAGAUUCAUCGUGUUGCGCUUCAAUCAUUUGCCGAUGGACGAGCUAUCCGAAAUGGUUUGCACACGUUGCGACGUACCGCCGUCGGCUGCCCAUAAGAUGAUUGAAGUGCUCAAUGAGCUGCGAACGCGACGAUCCCUAUCAGGAUUGUUCUCGGCGCGCGAUGGUCUCAUGACGCUGCGCGACGUGUUCCGCUGGGCGAAACGUUUGACGACCGAUGAAACAUGCGACGAUUGGCUUCAGAUUCUCGUCAAUCACGGCUAUUUCCUGCUCGCCGGACGUUGCCGCAAUAAGAAGGAUGAAGAAACGGUGGUGGAGACGCUCCAGAAGGUCAUUAAGCGGAAUAUUGAUGUUGAAAAGCUGUUCGAUAUGGAAUCGCCCUAUAUGCCGACGGAUGUGAACACCGGCAAUGUCGUUUUGACACUUGGAAUGCGUCGAAUGUUGGUGCUUACGCAUCAGGCAUGGCUUCGCAAUGAAGCUGUGCUUCUAGUUGGAGAAACCGGUGGCGGUAAGACGACGCUGUCGGAAUUGGUGGGACGAGGGAAAUUGCGAAGCAUCAAUUGUCACGAGCGAACCGAAACCGUCGAUUUGCUCGGAAGACUUCGACCGAAACAGAAUGGCGGAUUUGAAUGGUCCGAUGGUGUUGUGAUCGCGGCGAUGCGCGACGGUGUUCCAUUGCUUGUCGACGAAAUCUCUCUCGCCGAAGAUUCGGUGCUUGAACGAUUGAAUCCGCUGUUCGAGGAGGAUCGAUCAUUAUUGUUGUCGGACGCCGGAACAGAAACCGAAUUGAUUACGGCGUUGCCGGGCUUCCAAAUUGUUGCUACGAUGAAUCCGGGAGGUGACUAUGGAAAAAAGGAGCUCUCAAAAGCACUUCGAAAUCGAUUUACUGAAGUUUGGACGUCGAGCGAUUAUACGCCUUCAGAAUUGAUGGCAAUAUUCGAUCAAAGAUUAUUGGGGAACGAGGCGACCGCUGAUGAAGCGCUAAUUUUUCCGUCGAAAACGUCGAAAGCUGUCGUCGCUUGGAUUAUUGACUUUUUUUCGAAAUACUCUCACGUGUUCAGGCACGCUCCGUCGGUUCGUGACAUUGUUGCUUGCGCCGAACUCUAUUCGGCUGCAAUUCGCGCCGGCAUCGAAUCGAUUGUCGCGAUUCGCGACGCGCUUUGCGCCGUGUUUCUUGACUCGCUUGCCGGUUUGACGACACGAUUACAAAUCAAUCCGUCGGAAGUGUUCGAUGACGCGCUUUCAAUGGUUCCUUACGGUCCAUUGGAUCCAAAAUUGCCUAAAUCGUUUUCGCUAAAGGCUCCGACAUGCGCAAAGAACUUCUACCGUAUUGCUAGAGGAUUGCUCAUCAACAAGCCGAUUUUGCUUGAAGGAGCGCCGGGUUGCGGCAAAUCAUCGACCGUAAUGGCACUAGCGCAACUCACCGGAAAUCCGAUCACACGAUUGAACUUGAGUGAUCAGACGGACUUAUCGGAUUUGUUCGGUAGCGAUGUUCCGGUGAUAACCGAGGACGGAGCGAUGAGCUUCCGUUGGGAAGAUGGGCCGGUGCUGAAAGCAAUCAAAAACGGCGAGUGGGUGCUUCUCGAUGAAAUGAACUUGGCGAGUCAAUCGGUUCUGGAAGGUCUCAACGCGUGUUUCGAUCAUCGACGUAUUCUCUAUAUCGCCGAGUUGAACAAAUCUUUCGAGAUUCCGACGACGUCCAGUUGCCGGUUUUUCGCUUGCCAGAAUCCGCGUGUUCAAGGCGGAAAUCGGCGAGCUCUUCCGAAAUCAUUUGUCAACCGAUUCACGAAUAUUUACACUGAUGAUUUGUCCAAAAAUGAUAUUGAAAUUGUUCUCAAAGGUGUUGAUUCGUCGAAUUUGCUUACGAAAGAGGUGCGGACAAUGAUGGUGGAGAUUAACCAGCGGUGUAUCGAAGAAGCCGAGGCGGCAAAGUUUGCCGGUGGUCCUCAUUCUUUCAAUCUUCGCGACUUACUUCGUUGGUAUGAAUUAGCGGCAAAGUAUAAAAGCUUGUCAGAAGCUUAUGAAGUUGUCUACGUCAGCCGAAUGCGUUCAUCGGAAGAUCGAGAAUUGAUGAGGACAAUUUUUCGUGGAUUCUCAGGCUCUUAUAGCGUUUAUCCUGCUGUUCAGUUAACUAUUGACGAGCGAGUUCUUAGAAUUGGGAAGAGCAAAAUUUCACGGCGCUCGUCGCCGACAAUGGCUCAGAAUGAGAAUCGCCUGUUGCCUUCACAAAUGGAAGUUUGUAGCAAUCUUGCCACAUGCGUUGAAAUGAAUUGGCUGGUUUUGCUCGUUGGGCCGCGGAAUUGCGGAAAGCGGAGUGCGAUUGAAAAUUUGGCGACGCUGAGCGGCCGAACACUUCGAACGAUUGCACUGAACGCCGACACCGACGCUCAGGAGCUCAUCGGCUCGUACGAGCAAAUUGUUGACGAAAAUUGUUUGCCCGACGCGAAAGAGGCGAUUUUGAAAGUUUUGCACGAUGCUGAAUUGCGAUCGAUGUACGCCGAGAAAUUGAGAGGUGCCGAAGAUUUGACGCAACUUGAAUCAUCGGUCGAAUUGAUACUAUCUGAAAUUUCGAAUGACGAUGUGAAAGCCAAAAUUCGUCACAUCAACGAGAUCGCCAAUCAGGCGUCGAUGCGAUUCGAAUGGAGAGAUUCUGUGUUUGUCGAUGCCUAUCUAAACGGCUAUUGGCUUCUUGUCGAAGACGUCAAUCUGUGCAGCGCCGCAGUUCUUGAUCGUUUGAAUUCGUGCCUCGAAAGCGGCGGAAAACUGGUGGUCGCUGAACGACAGAACAGCUAUGAGCCACUUGAGCCGCAUCCGGAGUUUCGGGUGUUUUUGUCGAUGGACUCGCGAGUUGGUGAAAUUUCGCGAGCGAUGCGAAAUCGAAGUGUCGAAAUUUAUGUUGACGAAACCUCGAGAUGGCACACUUCGACUCGUGAUGUGUCCUCUGUGAUUUGUAGAAGCUUGAAUGAACAUCAGGCUGACUACAUCGCGAGCAAUUUGAGUCCUGAACAGCAGCUUCACUUGUCGAUCCUUUUAAGCGAUGAGAAUCGAUUGCCGUUGCCUUCGCUAUUGAAACUCGUUGGAGCGCCGGAAAUUGAGAAUUUUGAUGAUGGGAAUGAAACGAUCGAGGGACUGAUUGCGCCGAAUGUUCAAUGCGUUGCAAACUUGAAUGGGAAUUAUGAGGAAUGGCUGAUUGAGAAUUGGAAGGUUGCCAUAAAGACAAGAAAAAUAUCGAUGGUUGAAGGCGUCUUUAUGGUAUUGUCAUCGGCGACACCGCAAAUCUUGAAUUCGAACAAUUUGAUUGACGCGUUUGGAAGAAAAUUAAUUGAGCCGUUCAUUUAUCGUUUGAAACACCUCAACCUCGCUGGAAGGCAUUUGAUUGAUCCGAGAUUUGCAGGCGGCUUUUUGAAAAAUGAAAUGGCCGUUAAAAAAUAUAACACGAUGGUUUUGUUCGAAUGGAUGCUGCAAUUACAAUCGAAAAUGCCUAUUGAUGAGAAUUCAGCGGAGAACAUUAGCAAAACGAAAACCAAAUAUGAAAUUGCGACAUGCGAUGUGACAUUCAACAAUUUGCCGUUCAUUUAUUCAUUGAUUAAAGCAACUGUAUCGCUCUGGAAGCAAAACGAACCAAUUUCGAAUGAUGAAUCGAAGCAAUUUUCAAUUUGUUUGUCGUUGCUUCUGCUGAUUGCCGCUUCUCGUCGAAAACUUUCGAAUCGGACUGGUUGUGCUGCCAUUUAUCUCUCUUGGAAUGAUUUGCGAAAUGAAAUCGGAAAACGAUGUGAUAUUUCAUUCCCAAAAGAUGUGAUCUCGAUAAUUGCCAAAAUCGAAGAAGGAUGGACAUCGGAGUCGUUCGAGCAAUUCUUGAAGGCUUAUAUUUGGAGGUGGCGGAACGGUUCGAUUGUCAAGCCGUUUGAGGAUGAGUCGGACGCAGUGAAUUAUGUCCAACGAAUGGAGUUGUCGACGAGUGAGGAAUCGGAGGACGUCGAAAUGAAAGAUGCGAACAAAGAUGAUGAUGAGGAGGAGGAAAAGAAGGAAAUCGUUGAAUCGCCCGUCGAAAUCACGUCGAAUGUUCUCGAAAGCGUCAAUGCUCUUUUUGAUUUUUUGUCGAAUGGUGACACCGAUGAGAGCAAUAAGAUUUUCAACAUCUCGAACAUUUUCAAUGGUUUAAAUUGGACGAGUGUUGAAAAGUCUCGAAUGAUGCGAACCAUCGCGGUGUUAUGUGCGACACUUGUCAAUUCCAAAUUGUUGAGCCAAGCCGAAGAGGGAACCGAUUUUAUUGUUGGCGAUUUGGCUUCGAUUGGCGGCGGCGCACAUUGUCUAGCGACGCGUUUGUUCUUUUCGGCCAUCGCUUACAAUCCGACACUAUCAAAUUUGAGCGUUUCACAUUUGCAAAAGUUUCCGAUUCGCGAGAUUUCUCGAAAAUUGUGGCGAUUGGCGUUGAAUAGCGGUCGACUAAAAACGAGAAUCAGAGAACAUAUCAAACAAGUUAGCUGUGGAAUCAAGGAAUGGAGAGAUGAUAAUGAAAAUGUGGAUUGUGUCGAAGUUGGUGUCGAGAUGAUGCGAAAUGCGGUGCCUCCACCGAACACGCUCGAUCCGGUGAUUUUUGAAGAGGAACAAAUUCAAUUCAUUCGAGCGAAACGACGAAUUCUUCUGAAGCAGCUUGAUAUUCUGUCGACGUAUCGACAAUUGGUGUCGAGACAGGAGCGCGAUUGCGAUUCGGCGACAACUCAUCCGAUUUUGAAAGCGGCACGCGAAAUUGAAGCCGAAUUGAAGUGUCUCGAUGAGAAGCUCACGGAAGGCGGCGACGACGACGCAAUUCGUGCGCGACAAAUUCAUCGUCAAUCCGCAACGCAGUAUGCGACGCUUUGUGCCGAACUUGCGUCGUUCUUCAAUGUCACGCUGGACGCAAUUCGCGAUUCGCGGAAAAUUGAGGAAUCGAGAGCGACGGAUGAGCAGUUGAGAAUCAAAUUGGCGCGAAUGAAAUCGUUCAUUAUUAGCGCCUCCAAUUUUCGAGUGAGCAUUCUCCGAAAGUACUCGUCGUUUGUUGAUGUCGCGACGCCGUUCAUCGCGGGAUUGAUGCUUGUUGAAAUCGCGUUGAAUGAGAGCGUAUUGAACGCGAGUCGUGUGCUGAAACGGCACGAUGCUGAAAUUUCGACGAACUUCCCCAGAAUGAUCAAUAUCACCUCAUCAAAUAAUGGUCUCGUCUCGCCAGAAGUGCUGACAUGGGCGAUUCGCGACUCGUCGCCGAUGCCACUUCUUCUGAAAGCGGCGGUGGUGCGGAAAAGACUCGCAGAAUGCUGUGCGAUGGAAUUGCAAGCGGACAUUCAAUGGGUUCGAAAUCAAUGGAAGAAAUGGUACGAACGAAAUAUUGCUCAAGCAGAGAAAAAGGACUUUGUCUAUCGAUCGAAAAGCGAAGAGGAGAAAGAGCAACUGGAUAUUGAGGAAUACUUUUCGGCGAGCUCGCACGAUUCGCAUGUUCUUUCGGAGAAUGAUGUUUCGCUUUUGUUGGAGGCGGUCGAGAAAACUUCCAAGUCGUUGGUUGACGAAAACAGUCGGAAUGCUUCGGAUGCGCGACACAAAAUGGCAUUGUCAUGGAUGCGAUACGUUUUAUCGGAAGUUGGAUUGAUUCCCGAUGAUCAGUUGGUAGAUAUACGUUGUAUCGAUGGUGACCAAAAGCUGUUUGAAAUCUUGGCCAACAAUGAAGGACUCAACGAUGGUCUUGAAGGAGAGGAUAAGAAAAUCAUCAAUGUCUAUUCAAACUCAUCGCUUCGCGAAUGUCGUCGUGUUGCUUCGAUUCUUGAGAGACUUGCCGCCAGAGUUGGCGAUGUUCGUGAGAGAUGGCCGGAAGUGGUUUCGCUGAAAAGCAUUCUCACGGCGAUUGACGAGUUUUUCGGCGUCUCGGUUGCGAUGCCGCACAUCAAAAUGGCCGCCGAAAUCGAGAAGCUGAUCGAGCAGUGCGAGCAAUGGGAAUCGAUGGCGGAUCGACAGAACUCGCUGAAGGGACCGCUAGACGAGUUGAGGCGGCUUCUUGUCGAAUGGAAGAAAAUGGAGGUGCGCUGCUGGUCGGCGUUGCUCGACAAUUGUCAGAAUGAGGCGAGACAGCGAGCCCAAUUGGUGGCGUUCCCGUUAUUCGAAUCGCUAUUCACCGCUGACUCGAUUGAAGCUGAAACGUCGAUUGUCGCAAUGAGUAUUGAAUGGAUGCACAAUUCGACGCUCAUCGAUUUCGGCACACGAGUUCGUAGCGUUGAAUCGCUUUCGAAAUGGGCGACGAUCAUUGGAAAAAUGGAAUUGAGCGCGAAGUUGUUGUCGGCGUCACGACAUUUCGAGAUGUUCGUCGAAAGCGUUGAGAAGCGCUUGAAAGCGGCGCGCGAGCCGGCCGAGCGCAGUCUGAGCGAUUAUUUGAAAGUUGUCAAAUACAAUGAUUUGAAUCUUUGGAACAUUCGCGUUUCGUCGCAAAAAGCGCACGCGCAACUUUACAAAAUUGUUCGGCGAUUUAAAGCCGCAAUCAAUGAGGAAGUCGACGCCGAUUUCGAGGUGCUUCAAACGCUCGCCGAAUGGCGAAACAAGGCGAUCGAUGAUAGAGAAGAAUCGAGAAUUGAGGACAUUGAAGAUGUCGAGAUUCGAAAGCGUAUUAGGCAAUCGAUGAAAUUCUGUGACGAAGUCUCGGCAAAAACAACUCUUAUGUGCAACGUCACUGCCAUUGAAGAACUUGCCGAACAGACGAAAUCGACAGAUGAGAGCAUUCGCACGAUGAUCAAUUAUGUUGGUGAAGAUUCGGAAAAGGAGAAGCAACAGGGCUAUGCGAGAAAUGCGCGUCAACGUCAAGUCGCCAUGGUGAUUAAAGAAGCGCAAUCGAUUGGUUUGAAUGCGCGGCGAGCGGCUCUGUUGACGCAAGAGCGUAUCAAUGAGAUGAGUGUGAUCGGAAUUGAGACGAGCGGCGAAUGCGAGACGUCGGUGCGAGUUUGUGCCGCUGGCCGAAAUGUUGUCAUCAAGAAGGCGAACAAGAUCGAUCAGCAAGUUGGCGUCUCGACGCGAAAACACUUGACGGGAAUUAUUGAAUAUGGAAUGGACUAUAUGAUAAAAAUGCAUGGGAAUCUCAACAAAUGGACCAACGAUGCUGGCAGAAUUGAGAAGGCGAUUGAUGAAAUGAAGCGAAUUGUCGAGAAUCAGAAAGUUUCUUGGAAUAUCGAUCAUGAAAUUGUUGCCGGAAGAGUUGAGAACAUUUCCAAGCUUAUUAGCGAUGUUUCGAUUAUUGUUGAAAUUGUCAUGAGAAGAUUGAACGAGAUUCCCGAGAACGUUGAUGAUGAAUUCGCGAAAGAGCACCAUCAUCCAUUGGCGAGAAUUUGCAAGUCGGAUGAGAUGGCGAAAAAAUUGAUGAGUUGCCUCAAGAGAAUUGAGAUUUCGUUGUCAAAUCUGAAGCGGACAAAUGAUGAGAUCAAUGAGAAUGAUGGCAAAAUCAUUGAGAAUGCGAAAUUUGAAUACUGGAAGAGAGAAAUGAAGAGCUAUGUUGAAGAAGCAAUCGGUGAAUUUGAAACGUUUGAUGGAUUCUUCGACGUCGAAUCAAUUGAAAUGAAACGAUUGCUGUUUUUGAUUCAAGCGGAUGUUGAUAAAUUGUUGCCAUUGGAAGAGCCGACGCGAAAAGAAAUCAACGUGGCCCGUGUUUUAAUGGUUAUUCAAAAUAUUUAUAAAGGCCUCGAGAAUGCCGAAAUUGACGACACCGUUGCUCUUGACAAGAUAAUCAGCGUGGCGAACUGUUUGAAUGCGUCCGACAUGGGAUCUCUUGUGAUUUGGCUUGAAGAGAUGAUCGAAGAGCAUCGAAGCGGACGAGUUGUCCGUCAGGGAAUGCGCGGCGUUGUGGAGCUCACCAAAACAGCUGUGCACAUGUUGAACGAAUGUAUUGCUCGUUUGACGAAUUGCCUCGGAAAAUUCUGCGUUUUGUAUCACGCAAUUCUUUCGAUGACAAUUCAGCUGUUCGAACACGGCUACGUGAAUACGAUUCCGAAAGCCGACAAACAGGAAAGUGGCGAUGGUGAAACGGAUGCGAGUGGCGAAGGUGGCGGAAUUGGCGAAGGUGGAACCGCCAAAGACGCCAAAGAUGUCACCGACGAGAUGGAAGAGACCGGGCAGAUUGAAGGUCUUGAAGAUGAGCAGCCGGUUGAUUCGGAAGAGCAUGAAGCGAAAAAUGAGAAUGAGAAGCCGAUUGAAAUGGAAGAUGAUUUCGCCGAAGAUUUGCAAGAUAUUGACAAAACCGAAAAAGGUGACGAGAAUGAUGAGAAUGACCAAUCCGACGAGGAAACGCCGGAGCCGGAAGAUCAAAUUGGUGACGUCGACGAUGAAGAUGAGAAGCAGCUUGAUCCGGACAUGUGGGAUAACGAUGAGAAAGAGGAGAAUGAUGCGAAGAACAUGGAUCAGGAGCAAGACGGCGCCGACAAAGAGACGAACGAGAUGGUGGCCAAAGAAGAUAAUGCCGAUCAAAAGAAUGAUGAGGGUGACGAGAAAAAGGAUGAGAAUGUAAGAAUUUGCAUUUAUGUUUAA